GUGAGCUGCCAGAGGCUCAGGUGUAACACAUUCAAUCCUCAAGUCAAACGGUGUUGGGUUUCUACCUAGCAGAGUCUGGCUGUCCUCUUCCAGCUACUGUUACCAGGCUGCUCUCAUCACUAAUUCAUCUGUGCUCUUCACCCCAAAGCUGUGGGUGGCUGGUUGGUUGGGUGGUUGGUCGGCUAAGCGGGGGGAAGGACAGAGUUUCUCUCUUUGCCAGAGCAGUGUACCAUCAGGGCUCCCAGAAGAGGACCAUACUUGAGCUGGGGCCCGAUGCAGAACGGGGAGGCUAUGAGCCCGCAGGACUCCAAGGCAGGGGCCGAGGCUGUGGAGGAGCAGAAGGCCCAGAACCAGAGCCAGAAUCAGGGGUGUGCGGAGCCCACAGCACCUCCACUCCCUCCUCCUUCACCGCCACCACCAGGGCCACCAGAAUACCCGAGACCAAGGCUCAUCUUCCACACCCAGCUGGCUCACGGGAGUCCCACAGGCCGCAUCCAUGGAUUCACUAACGUCAAGGAGCUGUACGCCAAGAUUGCUGAAGUGUUCAACAUUUCCCCAUCAGAGAUCCUGUUCUGCACCCUCAACUCUCAUAAAGUGGACAUGCAGAAGCUACUGGGGGGGCAGAUUGGACUGGAAGACUUUAUCUUCGCUCACGUCAGAGGAGAGACCAAAGAGGUGGAGGUGACAAAGACAGAAGAUGCAUUGGGUCUCACUAUCACAGACAAUGGAGCUGGAUAUGCUUUCAUCAAGAGGAUAAAGGAAGGCAGCACCAUUGACCGACUGAAGACAGUAUGUGUUGGUGACCACAUUGAGGCCAUCAAUGACCAGAGCAUUGUAGGGUGCCGACACUAUGAGGUGGCUAAGAUGCUAAAAGAGCAACCGAGAGGCAUACCCUUCACUCUCCGCCUGGUGGGGCCCAAGAAGGCCUUUGAUAUGAUUGGAAUGAGGACCAGAGCGCCAAAAUCUAAUGAGGGCAAGAUCGUGAAUGGGAGGGAGACGCUGCGUCUUCGCUCCAAGGGUGCUGCAACGGUUCAGGAAGUGCAGAAUGAGUUUGAAGAACAGGCCACCAAGAAAGUGGACGACCUGCUGGAGAGCUAUAUGGGCAUCAGAGAUCUGGAGCUGGCAACUACCAUUGUGGAAGCGGGCAAAGACAAGAAGAACCCUGAUGACUUUGCAGAAGCCUUGGACUCAGUUCUGGGAGAUUUUGCUUUCCCCGAUGUGUUUUUGUUUGAUGUAUGGGGAGCGAUUGGAGAUGUCAAAAAUGGUAGGAUUUAGACAUUUAAGGCAUUAAGAAUGUGUAUAAACUUUUAAUGUUGCCUUCCCAAUUCUUGCAUUCAGUUAUAAUCACUUGCUUUAACAUCAUGUCAAGGGUUGUAAUUAUCUCAACCAUGUCCCUUUGAACAGUCAAGUGAGUCAAACAAUUUACUCAUAAUCACUCAUAAUGUCAAAUCUUUUAAAUAAACACAAAACAGUAGAUUUAAAUGCAUUUGUAUUAAACUCAAAUAGUGAAAUAAACCUUUACAGUGUAGGUAUUUAUCUGAUGAACUUGCUCAGGGUGGAAAGCAGUGACAUCAACAGGAAAUGUAGCUGGUUCACCAAAGUACAGGCGUAUUCCCAUUUUGAUUUAAGAUAAAGAUAUGAUGUUUUGAGGGCUGCCUUUACAGAUAUAACUGCAAAAUGGUGGAAAAUCUUCAAGCCAUCAUGGAUCAAGGAAGUUACAUAAACUAGAAUAAACCCUUUUCCUUUGAUGAAGACCCACAGAGAGAAACCGUAGGGGAACAAGAGACAGUUUUGUGUUAUCUCAAAAUCAGAAUAUAUUUACUUACUUUUCCAUAUAAUCUAUACCUAAUAACCAAACUAAAGACUUUGUUUUAUAAGUUACAAAAUAUCACUAUUUAUAUAGCAAAUACCCUCAGUCCUCUUAGAAACUCAAUCAUCUGAACUUGAACUUAAGACAUUAUUUAAAAUUCUUUUUUUUUUCACUUUUCACAAUUCACAUUUUCUCACAUGCUCAUCAAACAGGAACCCAAAACUUCCCACGACAAAAAAGAUAAAUAAAAAAUAAAGUUAGUUUGUGUACAUGUAAACAAUUUCCUUUGAGUUCUCCACAGCAAAUAGGCAAAUAAACAUGAGUCAGUCUUUAUGUUUAACACAUUCAGUCAUUUCCCACUUUUGCCAUGGGUUCAUUGGAAACUUUUCUGGUUUGUUUAAAAAUGAGAAUGUAAAUAUACAAGAUGAGUAUCUUCGUAUCACUGGGCCUUUUUCUCAUUCUGUCUGCGUUGGAGAAUGUGUACUGUAAAAAGAACAAGGCAUCAAGAUACGUGCUGGAGUUUGACAGUUAUAUGUUUUCUGGCUCACCAAAAACAAUGUAAACAACGUGUAAAGUCACUUUUUACAAAUGUAAGCAAGUUAACACUGACCUGCCAUAUUUCAAAAUGUAGUUUGACUCGAUUUCACUCGUUCUCGCUAUAUAUACUAUUUCAGCUACAUCAGUAUUUGUCUGAUUGUGAUGUUUUAUUUGAACACUUUGUACAUGAGUGGACCUCAUUUUAAAGACCUGAAAAUGUACGGCACAUGUCACAUAUUUAAACUGUAAGUAAAAAUGCUGAAAUCAAAUGUGUCAAGCCUGUUUAUCCCAAAAAAAGAAAAAGAAAAAAAAAGCCCAUGUAUUUCACUGAUCUUUUAUUUAUAUGUACAGUUAAACACAUUCAACAUUUACACUUUUGGAAAGUGAAACACAUCUCAACCAUUAUCAGUGAUUUCUUUGGUAAAUGAGUGACAAUCUGACUGAUAAUCUAGUGAUCAUCUUGGUGACUGAGUAAUCAAGCAGAGCAAGAAAUGAAAUGUUUCAGUUUCAUUAAUAACUGCAAUAUAAUCAUAAUAUAAUUCUCUUUUAUAGUUUAGUUAUGAUGUGUGUCAUUACACUGUACACUACACAGUUUGAAUUAUCCAGCAACUUAAUCUACUCCCUUGCCCUGUUCAUUGUUAUUGUUAACACUUUCUCAGUUGAUAGCUGGUUGAAACAUCUGUGAGAGGCAGAGAUGCUCUGUGCAGAAAUAACAAGUUUUAUUGGCAUGGACUGAUUCCCAUGAAAGGCAAGAAGUAAGAGAGGAGGCGUAAGAUAUCAUGAACCUGAGGUCCUGUUUUAGUCUUAGCUAGUUAGAAAAGCUUCGUAUUCCAAAUUCACCCUAAAAACAAUUAAUUAUCCUGAAUUUUUCUACCUCCUGAGAAAAAUUUGGUCUAAGCCCUAAGAAACGCUUGCAUAAUAUUUUCCAAAUCUAAAAUUGAGGUAGGCACACACAUAUAUAUAGUGUAGUAGACAAAACAAUUGUAUUUUUUGGACUUUUAUACUGUUUUGCUUCCUCAGACAUUCACUUGAUUCAAAGACAACGAAGACAAUUGAAUGUGGUUUUAAAGGGUCAGUUUACUGAAAUUAUAAAAGAUGCAUUUUCCCACUUACUCUUACUCAGACUUACACUUAACCUUAACCUAACCUGACCAUAUGUUUCUUCUCCAACAACAACAUAACAAUUACACUUUCUCAGAUCUUUAUAUCAGUAAUAUUGAAAUGCUAAUGUCACCCCUAGUUUUUACAUAGUGAUUAGGGAUUUGAAACUAUUUAUGUAAAUGCCGUGACCUUUCAUGCAGCAUAAUAUGUCUCAAAUAAGUUACAGUUACUAUUACAUUUAAUGGUUGCAUUUCUGAAAUUGUCAGUGGACUGUUCUACUAUUGACAACAUAAACCCAUUUUCAGGGUCUGUGUAUAUAUUUACAGUUGAAUUUGUUACAAUAAUCAUGUUCUGAUUAUUUAUCUUUUUAUUUAUUAUUUACCUUUCUUUCUUCUUGCAAACCUGGAUGUGUCCAUUAAUGGCAAGCAUUACUACUGAACCAGAAGUUAAAAAUUGAUAAUUUCAAGGUCUUUAAAGUUUACUUUAAUUCACAUGCAUUAUCUAAACAUAUAACAUACAUGCUUCGUAAGGUAUUGUAUAAACUCUUGAAGUGGAUGGACUCGUGAAAUGUAUAUGGCGCAUCUGGCAAUCUAAACAAUAUUUAAUUUCAGUCAAAGCAUUUUCACUUUUAAGCACCACUGCAAUAUUAGGAUCAGCCAUUCUCAGUACUAGAUGCUCUGGGGAUCAACUGUAGAAUGACCUGACACCUGGAAAACUUUCGAAGCACUGCUUUUAUUACUUUUCAAGUGCUUUCAACACAUCACUGCUAAAUUGUUUAAAAUUUAAAUAUCUUAAAGCUCUUUAAACUUUGCUCUAAAUCAAGGUGUCAUUGCUGA